AUGCUCGGCGCCCCUGCUACUCAUGCUGCUGCUGCUUCUGCUGCUGCUUCGUCUCGUCCAGCAACCCGGUCAAAGCUCCCGUCCUACAUGUCGCUCCCUUUUUCAACUAGACCUUCUGCUCUCACCCCAUUAGGCGAACCAGUAACAGUGUUCGAAGACUAUUUCAAAGGGCCUCCCACUCCUCCGGCUCUCCUCCUCUUCCUCCUCCUCCCUUCCUUCUCCUCCGGGAAUGAAAACUCGGCCGGCGUGAUCCACCACGGUAUGAAAGAAAGGAAAUCGAAAAUUACAUUGGGAGACGGAGAGAGCGGCAUCGGUAUUGACGAAAAGGAUAAUGAGGAGUGCUUCUACUCACAGGACACUACGGCUGUUAGGAAAGACUUUGUAAAGAUCCUGCCGUCGGAGAUUACUGCACAUAUCCUGUCCUUCCUCGACCACCAGAGUUUGGUGAAUUGCGAAUCUGUAUCGCACCAGUGGUUGAACGCUGCACGCGACCGCCAUGUUUGGCGUAACGUGUUCAGAGACGAGCAUGGGCCAUGGAGGUCGCGGCCAGGAAACAAUUGGAAGAAGAUGUUUAAGGUCAGACAGGAGCUCAAUCAUAGGUGGCAAAAGGGUCAGGUUACUGCCAAAUAUUUGAAGGGACACACAGAUAGCGUUUACUGUGUGCAAUUUGACGAAAAGAAGAUCAUCACAGGCUCGCGCGACAAGACCAUCAGGAUAUGGGACAUUGCGACAGGCGAGUGUCUCAAGGUCCUGGGACAAGGCGCCCGGAAUUCCGCGUUUGGGGAAACGGCAGCGGCGGUGGCAUCCAAUGACAUGGUCGCCCCGCGCACAAGCUCCUCAGACUACCACCACGCCUCGGUCUUGUGCCUCCAGUUUGACGACGAGAUUCUGGUCUCUGGUUCAUCCGAUCACACCUGCAUCGUUUGGUCGCUGCCUUCCUGUACGUCGGUCAUGCGGCUUAGCGCCCACACGGCUGGCGUUCUGGAUGUGUGUUUCGAUAAGAAACAUAUCGUCUCAUGCUCCAAGGACACCACCAUCUGCAUCUGGGACCGCAAGACGGGGAGGCUUCUCCGCCAGCUCACGGGCCACAGGGGCCCCGUGAAUGCGAUCGCCAUCCGCGGAAACCUCAUUGUCAGCGCCUCGGGCGAUGCACUCAUCAAAUUGUGGAAUGUGGACACUGGAAAAUGCGUCCGUGAUUUCACGGGCCACAAUAGGGGCCUUGCAUGCGUGCAGUUCAGCGAGGAUGCGAAGACGAUUGUGAGCGGUGGAAAUGAUCAGGACAUCAGGGUCUGGGACGCGACCAAUGGCGAGUGCCUUAGGGUAUUACAGGGGCAUUCGCUAUUGGUUCGAACGCUCCAUUUGGAUUCCCGGAAUAGGAGGAUUGUUUCGGGAUCCUAUGAUCAGAGCGUGAAAGUUUGGGACUUGGACACGGGGAAGCUUAUUCUCGACAUUCAGAGGUUCCACUCAACGUGGAUCCUGUCUGCCAAGGCGGACUACAGGCGCAUCAUCAGCACCAGUCAGGACAAUCGCACUUUGGUUCUAGAUUUCAGCACGGGGAUGCAGGACCUCGACGUUCUAGAGAAUCCCUAA